GACUCCCUGACCCCUUUGCAAAGAUUGUCGUGGACGGGUCUGGGCAGUGCCACUCAACCGACACUGUGAAAAACACAUUGGACCCAAAGUGGAACCAGCACUAUGAUCUAUAUGUUGGGAAAACUGAUUCUAUAACCAUCAGCGUGUGGAACCACAAGAAAAUUCACAAGAAACAGGGAGCUGGCUUCCUGGGCUGCGUGCGGCUGCUCUCCAACGCCAUCAGCAGAUUAAAAGAUACCGGAUUCAGUUUACAGACGCGAGACAGGAUAGGCACUGGGGGCCCGGUGGUGGACUGCAGAGGACUCUUAGAAAAUGAAGGAACCGUGUAUGAAGACUCGGGGCCUGGCCGGCCGCUCAGCUGCUUCAUGGAGGAGCCAGCCCCUUACACGGACAGUACCGGUGCUGCCGCUGGCGGAGGGAACUGCAGGUUCGUGGAGUCCCCAAGUCAAGAUCAAAGACUUCAGGCGCAGCGACUUCGAAAUCCUGAGGUGCGAGGUUCACUACAGACACCUCAGAACCGACCACACGGCCACCAGUCACCGGAACUGCCUGAAGGCUAUGAACAAAGAACCACAGUGCAGGGGCAAGUUUACUUUUUGCACACACAGACUGGAGUCAGCACGUGGCACGACCCCAGGAUACCCAGAGACCUUAACAGUGUGAAUUGUGAUGAACUUGGACCACUGCCGCCAGGCUGGGAAGUCAGAAGCACAGUUUCUGGGAGAAUAUAUUUUGUAGAUCAUAAUAACCGAACUACUCAGUUUACAGACCCAAGGUUACACCACAUCAUGAAUCACCAGUGCCAACUCAAGGAGCCCAGCCAGCCGCUGCCCCUGCCCAGCGAAGGCUCUCUGGAAGACGAGGAGCUUCCUGCCCAGAGAUAUGAACGAGAUUUAGUCCAGAAGCUAAAGGUCCUCAGACAUGAACUGUCGCUUCAGCAGCCCCAAGCUGGGCAUUGCCGCAUCGAAGUAUCCAGAGAAGAAAUAUUUGAGGAGUCUUAUCGCCAGAUAAUGAAGAUGCGACCGAAAGACUUGAAAAAACGACUAAUGGUGAAAUUCCGAGGAGAAGAAGGUUUGGAUUAUGGUGGCGUGGCGAGGGAGUGGCUUUAUUUGCUGUGCCAUGAGAUGUUGAAUCCGUAUUAUGGACUCUUCCAGUAUUCUACGGACAAUAUUUACAUGUUGCAGAUCAAUCCAGAUUCUUCAAUCAACCCUGACCACUUGUCUUACUUCCACUUCGUGGGUCGCAUCAUGGGCCUGGCUGUGUUCCAUGGACACUACAUCAAUGGGGGCUUCACGGUGCCCUUCUACAAGCAGCUGCUGGGGAAGCCCAUCCAACUCUCGGACUUGGAAUCGGUGGACCCAGAGCUACAUAAGAGCUUAGUGUGGAUUCUAGAGAACGACAUCACCCCCGUGCUGGACCACACGUUCUGCGUGGAGCACAACGCUUUCGGGCGCAUCCUUCAGCACGAACUGAAACCCAAUGGUAGAAAUGUUCCCGUCACAGAGGAGAACAAGAAAGAAUAUGUCCGGUUGUAUGUAAACUGGAGGUUUAUGAGAGGAAUCGAAGCCCAGUUCUUAGCCCUUCAGAAAGGGUUCAACGAACUCAUUCCUCAGCACCUCCUGAAGCCUUUUGACCAGAAGGAAUUAGAGUUGAUAAUAGGCGGCCUGGAUAAAAUCGACCUGAACGACUGGAAGUCGAAUACGCGGCUGAAGCACUGUGUGGCCGACAGCAACAUCGUCAGGUGGUUCUGGCAAGCGGUGGAGACGUUUGAUGAAGAAAGGAGGGCCCGGCUCCUGCAGUUUGUGACUGGGUCCACAAGAGUCCCUCUCCAGGGCUUCAAGGCUUUGCAAGGUUCUACAGGCGCGGCAGGGCCCCGGUUAUUCACCAUCCACCUCAUAGACGCGAACACAGACAACCUUCCGAAAGCCCACACCUGCUUUAACCGGAUCGACAUCCCACCUUAUGAAUCCUAUGAGAAGCUCUACGAGAAGCUGCUGACAGCCGUGGAGGAGACCUGUGGGUUUGCUGUGGAGUGAAGAGCAACCAAAGGCAACAGAGUCUAGCUCACGACCACCAGACCAAAAGCAUCCAGCUUCUGCGUGCCUCCCGCAAAGCUGGCUGAGGCCCUGGAAUUCCGGAUCACCUGAGGGAAAAGAGUUGUCUCCCUCCUUUUCGUUGGGGGAGGGGGACAGGAGACUUUCGUUGGUGGCUCCCACCCAUAUAUCCCUCCUUUAUUAUAGUACUCCCAACCCCCUUCCAUCACCCAUCCAAUAAAAUACAGCCAGGUUUA